CACGUACAGUAGUGAGAGACAGAGAAGAAGAACGGAGAUGGCAGGGCACGAAGUUAGGUAGCCAUGGAUCACUUGCUAUGUUGUAUAUGUAUAGAGAACUUGCAUGCCGCAGUUCACAACAAACUUGACAUCAAUACACAAUGGCUAUGAGAAAAUCAAGUGGCAGGCUUGCUUCUCAAACAACAAUGAUCAAGCAAAUGGUGAAGAGAUGCUCCAGUUUAGGAAGGAAACAACAGCAGCAAGGUGAAGACGUUCCAAAGGGUCACUUUGUUGUUUAUGUUGGUGGAGUUGGAGAGAAGAGAAGCAGGUACAUUCUUCCCAUCUCCUUCCUCAGCACACCACAGUUUCAGAUCCUCCUUCAUCAGGCAGAAGAAGAGUUUGGAUUUGAUCAUCAAAUGGGUCUCACCAUUCCUUGUCAACAACAUGUUUUUGAGUCUCUUACUUCCAUGCUCAGAUGAACCAUCAAACCAUCACCUGCUAAUUCAAACAUGAAGCUGCUUCAUUGCUUCUCUCUCUUGAUUUUCUCCGUUGUUUAAUUUCCAUUCAUCACAUGUUAUAUAUAUUUAUAUAUUGUAAAUCUUGUAGCUAGCUAGAAAAAGCAGAGCAUUUUUUCCUGCAGAGUUGAGUGCCAGUGGCAGGAACUAAUUUCAUGUCUUGUUCAUUUCCUUGUCUAUGUUUUGAUUGAACUAUGGAUUAUACAAUCUUAAGGUAUAGUAUGAUGAUGAG